AUGCACGGGGUGACUAUCUCUAAGACUUGCGCCGAGAUCGUUACCUAUUGCGUGACGUACUACAUGAGUAUGAUGGUGAAGUUGACGAGGGCGUGCGACUUCGAUGUUAUCCACGGCGUCACAGACUCCAUCUUCAUCAAAGUCAAGAAGGAGAUGGGGCAGGAGCAUAACAUCAGCGCGGAUUUCAUCAAGAGCAAGAUCACCCAGGCGACGACGCUGGACGCGAAGGGUCUGGCUAUCGUGAAGAAUGAUUCGAUCAAGGCCGCAAAGUACGCCCUCGGCAUGGUGAUGAAGGCCCUGCACGACGACGAGAGCCAAGAGAACACGACCAGAACCCUGGUCGACAUCGUGGGCAGGGUCAUUUCGGCGAUCCAGCAGGGCUUGACGGACGACAUGUGGAUGGUGUCGGAGACAAGAGUCUCAGGGCAGCCCCACCACGUCUACGUGGACGAGAACGGGAGCUUGCAGAAGAUCCAGGUCGAGAUCGGCUUGAAGCCUAGACACAACGCGUGCAAGACCAUCAAUACCAAGACCCUCCCCAUCGUCAUCAAGAAGUACCAGAGGUUCUCGAUAACGUCGAUCUUUAACAAGCCGGUGACGGCCGCUGCGUCCAACUACGACGUAAUCCCCCCGCAGACCUCGCCAAACUCGCAGAUAAUGAAGUGUGCCCAGGUGUACACCCAGAUGGGACCCUUGACAGCCCACACCCAACAUCGUGGCCACCGAAGCCAUGUUUCACUGCGAGGAUAA